UUUAACCUAUCAAAAUAUCGAGUUUCAUAUCUCCCAUGGCAGCAUCUUCACCACAAUCUUCCACCACCAUCAGCAAUCACCAGCAAGAGCUUCCACUAAAAGAAAUCCCAGGAACCUAUGGCCUCCCUUUCAUCGGACCGAUUUUGGACCGACAUGACUUUUUCUAUAACCAAGGCAGAGACAAAUUCUUCUCAACAAGAAUACAAAAAUACAAUUCAACAGUCUUCAAAACCAACAUGCCACCAGGUCCAUUCAUUUCCUCAAACCCAAGAGUCAUAGCACUCUUAGAUGCUUCAUCGUUUCCGAUCCUCUUCGACAACAAAAAAGUCGAGAAAUACAAUGUCUUCGAUGGUACCUUCAUGCCAUCGAUAGACUUCACUGGAGGCUACCGUGUCUGUCCUUUCUUAGACACAACUGAACCAAACCAUGCACUUAUCAAAGGUUUACUUCUUAACGUUCUUCUUUCUGGAAAAUACUCUUUUAUCCCUCUCUUUAAGACUAUACUUUCUGAUGGUUUUAAUGAGAUUGAAGAGGGGCUUUCUGGUAAAAGUGGUAAAGCUGAUUUUAACUCUAUUAUGAGUGUGGCUUCGUUUAACUUCAUGUUUAGGCUAUUUUGUGAUAACAAUGACCCUUCUGAAACUAUCCUUGGUGAUCAAGGUCCUAAAAUGUUGGACACGUGGAUUCUCUUUCAACUUGCUCCAAUUGAAACAUUAAAACCUCCUAAGCUUUUCAAUUAUCUUGAAGAUCUCUUGCUUCGUACUGUUCCCUUUCCUGCUUGUUUGACAAGGUCCUCAUACAAGAAGCUCUACGAAGCAUUUUCUUCUUCAGCUGUAACGAUUUUAAACGAUGCAGAAAAAGCAGGGUUGAAAAGAAGUGAAGCCUGUCACAAUCUCAUUUUCAUGGCAGGCUUCAAUGGAUACGGCGGAUUAAAGAAUCAAUUCCCAAUACUCUUCAAAUGGAUAGGUUUAUGCGGCGAAGAGCUACACAAAGAACUCGCAAACGAGAUAAGAACCAUUGUAAAAAACGAAGGCGGGGUAACAAUUCAGUCGUUAGAAAAAAUGUCAUUAGUUAAAUCCGUUGUUUAUGAAGUUUUGAGGAUUGAACCUGUCGUUCGUUAUCAAUAUGCAAAAGCAAGAGAAGAUUUAAUUGUGAAGAGUCACGAUGCAGCUUUUGAAAUUAAAAAGGGUGAGAUGAUUUUCGGGUACCAAUCUUUUGCUACUAAGGAUCCUAGGGUUUUCGAUGAUGCUGAGAUUUUUGUGCCAAAGAGGUUUAUUGGAGAAGGUGAGAAGUUGUUGAAAUAUGUUUUAUGGUCGAAUGGGAGAGAAACUGAGAACCCUACUGUCGAUAAUAAACAAUGUCCUGCGAAGAAUCUUGUUGUGCUUUUGUGUAAAUUGUUUUUGGUGGUGUUUUUCUUGCGAUAUGAUACUUUUACGUUUGAGACUAAAGAUGCUGUUAUUGGUGUUUCUAUUACCAUUACUUCCCUCACAAAGGCUCCUACAAUAUGAAUAUAUUUUUUGAGCUGUUUAUUAUGUUCUUGUUUUGUAAUUCGUAUCUUUCCCAUAUUGUAUUGUUGUUGUUCAAGAGAUCUCAAAUUAGUUGUAAUAGUUUGACUAUGUAAUCUCAAUACACAUUGUUCAAUUUCCAUUGAGAUAUUUAUAAAAUUGUCGUUAUAGUGUCA